UUUGUGGAAUAGCACCAGCCUUCCAAAAUUCCAACAACCACGAUAUUCUCUUCUGUAGUUCACAAAAAUUGGCAUUUUCAAGUUUUUAUUACUGAACUUUGGAAAAACUCAAGCUUUUUCAAGGUUUAGGGUUUCAUUUCUUCUACCUUCUCUUCAUCCAAACUUCCCCUUUAUCACUCCACUCAAGGUUUAAUGGGUGUGAUUGAUUCCUGCAAUACUUAUUCUUUGUGCAAAAUUAAGUCAAAAUUUGGUGAACCCAGUUGUGGAUUUGUGGUAAAUCAGAGAAGGGUAAUUUCUAUGGCUUCUACAUUGCCUGUUAAACAGGUGAGUGAGGAGAGUGUACAGAAGUUAACUGGGGAUUCUUUUAUUAGACCCCAUCUCAGAAAAUUAUCUCCUUAUCAGCCCAUUUUGCCUUUUGAGGUUUUAUCAACACGCCUUGGUAGGAAACCUGAAGAUAUCAUCAAAUUGGAUGCUAACGAGAACCCAUAUGGUCCACCUCCAGAGGUGUUUGAAGCUCUGGGGACCAUGAAAUUUCCUUACAUAUAUCCUGAUCCAGAAAGUCGUAGAUUACGUGCUGCUCUCUCUGAAGACUCAGGCCUUGAGUCUGAUCAUAUUCUUGUAGGGUGUGGUGCUGACGAGCUAAUUGAUUUGAUCAUGCGUUGUGUGCUGGAACCUGGUGAUAAAAUAGUUGACUGCCCACCAACAUUUACAAUGUAUGAAUUUGAUGCGAAUGUGAACGGAGCCGUUGUACUUAAGGUUCCAAGAAAUGCUGAUUUUAGCUUGAACGUCGAAGAAAUUGCACGUGUUGUUGAAUUAGAGAAACCGAAAUGCAUAUUUCUAACCUCUCCAAACAAUCCAGAUGGGAGUGUCAUCAGUGAAGAAGCUCUGUUGAAGAUUCUUGAUCUUCCUGUACUGGUGGUACUGGAUGAAGCAUAUAUUGAAUUUUCAGGACAGGAAUCUCGAAUGAAAUGGGUAAAGCAACAUGAGAAUCUGAUCGUUCUUAGGACCUUUAGCAAAAGGGCUGGUUUAGCAGGCCUUCGAGUGGGAUAUGGAGCAUUUUCUUCUAGUAUUAUCAAGUACCUUUGGAGAGCAAAACAACCAUAUAAUGUAUCGGUAGCUGCUGAAAUAGCUGCUUGUGCUGCAUUGCAGAAUCCUACUUAUCUAGAAAAUGUCAAAGAGGCUUUGGUACAAGAACGUGAAAGGCUCUAUAAGCUUUUGCAGGAAGUUCCGUUUCUUAGACCUUUUCCAAGCUACUCAAACUUUAUUCUUUGCGAAGUUACCUCUGGGCUGGAUGCCAAGAAGCUCAAGGAGGACCUUGCUAAGAUGGGUGUCAUGAUCCGUCACUACAGUAAUAAGGAGCUGCAGGGUUUUGUUCGUGUAUCUGUGGGAAAACCUGAGCACACAGACGCCUUAAUGAAGUGUCUUAAACACUAUUCUUGAUUCAUGACCAUCUUAGAUUUUCAAGGGGGUACAAUAUUCUUAUCAAACUAAUUUUGUGUUUCCUCUGUAACAUCUCUGAUUCUUGAGAAUCCUGCUUGGCUCCUUUAUUCCGUCAUAUGGUCUGUUUGGAAUGGAUAUAUAUAGUAACAUGCACUCCAGGGUGAUCGUAUUCUUUUCGAAAAAGUGUUGCAUUUCAUGUUUGGAUGCUUACUUGUAUACCUAUUGAACUUAAUUAGACAAAAUUAACAAUAAACCUUUAAAUUUUGUAGGUAUCAUUGUUUGUAGCAAUUAGGUAACUAGGGAAAUAUGGUAAUGUAAGCAUGGAAGAUGUUAUCUCCACAUAACAAUUGAUCUACUCUCAGUCUAGACCUGGUUAUCGAGGAGGUUCGUGUGGGUCAAUAAAUAACAAGUCGUCUUGUUAAUGGAUCAAAAAGGUCGUAUUAUGUGGGUCGAAAAUGGAGUUGCUGUACGAACAUCAGAUGCUGGAAGAGCCGAUAGAUGACCAAGGAGACAUAAAUGAGCACCUGUAAAAAUUAGACCAUAUUGGUCACAAGUUUGGCCCUAUACCGACGCUUUGAAGAUUUUGACAUCGUAGAAAUUUGCAUUAAUCGAAAAUGGAAUUACAAACAACUGAGAUAUUGUACAAGAGAAAUGGCAAAGGUGUUCCUAACAUGUUUUGCACCCUUUAAGCCGUUGUUUUCCGAUGAAGUAGCUGUUGGGUUGUUUUCGUCAAUGGUAAUCGAUCUACAACGACUCUUAAAGUCUUUAGAAGAGAAUCCUCUUUCUCUUCGAUGGUGUAGCGAGGCGAUGGCUGUCAUUAGGAAGACUCAUACUCAUUUCCUCCUUGAUUUCAAGAGAUCUAAAGUUAUGGCUUCAUGGGAAGUUGUAUGCAUGCUUGAUGAGUAUAUGAGUGCAAGUUUGGAUCUCUUAGACUUGUGCAACUUACUUAAAUCAGCAAUUUCAGGGUUAGAUAGGUAUCGGAUGAUGAUCGAUUUCAUGGUUACAAGAUUGAAUGAUGCUACUUUUUCAACUACGAAGAAUAAGAUCGAACUUGAGAGACUUGAAAGAGAGAACUACAACAAGUUUUUCGAUGUGAAAAAAUUAAGAGAAAUGAAUCUUAAUAAGGAAAGAGUGUCCAAAGUGAAGUUGAAAACUAGGACUAAUAUGCAUGUUUUACAAGCCAUUAGGAGAACAAUGUGUAUUGUUUCUUUGUUCAUCUUUUGUUCGAUUCUUCAUCCAAUUCCAGUAAGAAUCGAUGACGGAUUUUAUGCCGGAAUGAAUUUAGAUUCAUCCUCGGAUUGUAUACAAAAACUUAUCACUUCUCUUGGUGAAAAGUUUCGAAAUGCUCAAGGAUUAAGGAAACCGGUUUUACUCGAAAAUGAGAUGAUCGAGGAUGCAUUUGCCGAGUUUAAAGGACAUGUUUCCUCUAGGGAAGUGAGUGUUGAUGAAGGAAAAAGAGCCAAAAGUUUGGAGAUAUUGAAGAAGAGCUCUAUGGCUCUCAAGGAAGGGCUAGACUUGCUUGAUUGUGAAGUGAAUGAGUUGUUUGAAAAUGUUAUCGAGGGAAGGAAAAGAGUGAUUAACUUGAUUAAUUACCAUUAAACUAUUAUUAUAAAGUUUAGAGAAUUUAAUACUAGCAAAAUAUAAUUUUUCAUUUUUGUGUUUGUGUUUGUGUGUGGAUAUGAUUGCCUAAGGAAGAGAUGAUUUCCACGCAUAUUAGCAAGGACAUCCAUUCUCUUUUAGUUUUUAUACUCGCUAUUUUACAGCUUGACUUCAUGGUUUAUUGAUGAUUACUUUAUUGAUUACUUCAUUGAUUAAUUGAUGAAUAUGUUUGAUUGA